AUGAUGAAAGAGCCUGAGAAAAUCAUGAAAAAGAAUAUCUUAAAUGGACAAAUUAAAUACUAAGUUAAAUGGAAGGGCUUUGAUGAAACCACAUGGGAAUCAGAUGAAACUAUGAAGAAAUACAAAGAACUCAUUGAAGAUUACAAUUAUUUCUCCUUGACUGGUGAAAGAUAUGAUGAAAAAAAACUAGAAGAAAUCAGAUAAUUGACUGUUCAAUCACAACCCAGAACUGCUAUCAAAAGAGUAGCCAUGCCCAAAUUAACGCCUCCAAGUGAAUUAAACAAAAAAGAAAAAAAAAUUGAUAAAAUUGAUAGCAAGCAUAUUGAAAUAAUAGACAAUCCUAAAAAUGAUUAACAACAAGAUAAAGUAAAUAUCAUUUAGCCUUCCAAUACUACAAUUAAUCUCCCUGAAACAAAUAAAAAUGCCACAGAAAAAUUAGCUAAUUCCAAUGACAAAUUAGAAAUAGUCAAAUUGCAAUCCAAUGAAAAUAAAGGCCUAUUUUCACUUAUUUGGAAACAAAGAUCAGAUGGCAUUCAGCCUUAUUGUGAUGAAUACUCCUAUGAGGAUUUCAAAACGUAAGCUCCCUUAUUUUUUAUACAGUUUUUUGAAGCAUGUAUUUUCGAAUGUCAAAGUUAAAAUGAUGUUAAAUUCGAAAUACAAGGCUAGGAUAUGGCUGAAAGAAUUAAAGUGAUUAAAGAUAUUUUGGAACAAAAUGAUUCGGAUAAAAAAAUUAGCCAAAUCUAAAAAUGA